AUGAUGAACUCUUUUAUUGCAGAAAAAACGAAGACAGCCCGGUUAUGCGGAAUAUGUACUACACCUGAUCAUGCAAUUGACGCAUGUCCAAGUUUGUAUGAUGAUACCAUGGCCCAUCUGGAUACUGUAAGAAAUUUCCCUGGGCCGCCACAAAGGCGAUACAACCCCUACGCUAAUAUCUACAACCCAGGAUGGAAGGACCAUCCUAACUUAAGUUAUGGGGCCAAUUUACGAAAUAAUCAGCCAUACCAAAAUCGGUUUCUGCAACAACCGCAAGGUUCAGGUAAUUUUCUAGAAACCAUGGUAAAUAAGUUAGCAGCUAAUGUUCUUGAUUUUCAACAGCAAAAUCUUAAUUUCCAAAAAGAGACGAAGGAUUUCCAACAAAAAAUCGAGGCGUCCAUUAGAGAGUUGACCACAUCGAUCGAGAAAUUAACUUCUCAAGGGAAGCUACCGUCACAAACAGAACCAAAACUUAGACAAAAUGCAAAUGCAGUGACGUUACGAAGCAGAAAGAUACUGGAAACUAUUCCUGACAGGAAUCUUGGCCAAGAAAUCGCUCAGAAAAAACCCGAGAAAGACGAACAGCAAAUACCGCAGUAUGCUAAAUUUCUUAAAGAGCUUUGCACCAACAAGCGAAAAUUAACAGGUAAUGAAAGGUUGAAUGUUGGUGAGAAUGUAUCUGCGGUGUUACAUGGGAAAAUAUCAGCAAAAUGCAAGGAUAUGGGCAUGUUUGCAAUACCAUGCAGAAUAGGCCAUCUGGGAAUUAAGAAGGCUAUGUGUGAUCUAGGGGCAUCUAUAAAUGUAACGCUAUAUUCUAUUUAUAAAUCACUUAACGCGAGUUUUUUGACAAAAACAGAUGUUAUCAUUCAAUUGGCGGACAGGUCUGUUGUGCAUUUAGAAGGAGUCCUUGAGGAUUUUCUUUUUGAUGGGGAGAUCGUAAAGUUUAAUGUCUACGACGCCAUUAGCCAUCCAAGCGAAAUCUUGAGCUUAAAUCGUAUCGGCAUAAUUGACUUUUUAAUGGAAGAUAAUUUUGAGUUAAUUUAUAGAGAUAAUUCCGAACUUGAUGAAUUUGAAUUUGUUAAUGAGUUAUUAUCUCCAAAUACUAAACUGUUACCUUCUGCUAUACAGGCACCAGAGUUGGAGUUAGAACCAGCAGGAAAGAUAAAACAGAGCGGAAAUGCAAAGAAAACCGUUGAGCAAUGCUUAGAGCACAUUGAGGCCCGACUUGAAACUUUUGGCCGGUAA